CUCUUUCACACGUUCCUAUAAUUGAACUACAAAAAGCACUCCAUCGGAGCCUUCACAUUUUCAUUGAAGUACUCGCGAAGUAUAACACGUAUUUUACCCGUUUCGUGUUCGUUUCGUUUAUUUAUUAAGUGAAAUAACAGAAUAUUGUGGAAAAUAUGGCACCUAUAGGUUGCGGAGUCCCUUGUUGGCCUAAACGUAAGACCAACUCUAUUGCACCCACUGAAAGUAUGACUCCAGAUGGGACUUUUGACUAUGAUUUGGCGGUCAUUGGUGGUGGGUCCGGAGGCCUGGCAUGCGCCAAGGAGGCUGUGAACCUCGGGGGGAAGGUGGCGGUCCUGGACUUUGUGACCCCAUCGCCGCUGGGAACAAAAUGGGGCCUGGGUGGCACAUGCGUCAACGUUGGGUGCAUACCGAAGAAGCUGAUGCACCAGGCUGCAUUAUUAGGAGAAAGCAUUCAUGAAGCAGUAUCAUACGGCUGGCAAGUCCCAGACUUGAACGCCAUCAAAAUCGACUGGAGCGCCCUCACCGAGUCCGUCCAGAACCACAUCAAGUCCGUCAACUGGGUCACCAGGGUGGACUUGCGGGAUAAGAAGAUCGAGUACAUCAAUGGACUUGGAGAGUUCAAGGACCCGCACACGCUAAUAGCGACGCUGAAGAACGGCACGAAGAAGGAGUUGACGGCGCGCAACAUCGUGAUCGCGGUGGGCGGGCGGCCGCACUACCCCGACGUGCCGGGCGGCCUGGAGUACUGCAUCAGCUCCGACGACAUCUUCAGCCUGUCCCACCCGCCCGGCAAGACGCUCGUUGUUGGCGCUGGAUACAUCGGGCUCGAGUGCGCCGGCUUCCUCAACUCGCUCGGCUACUCGGCCUCCGUGCUCGUCCGCUCCGUGCCUCUCCGUGGGUUCGACCAGCAGAUGGCCGGCAUGGUGGUCGCCGAGAUGGAACAGCGAGGAGUUACCUUCCAUCACAGGACCAUCCCUCUGGCGGUGGAGAAGCUAGAGAAUGGGCAGCUGAAGGCGCGCUGGGUCAACACCGAGACUAAACAAGAGGGCGAGGAUGUUUUCGAUACGGUUCUGAUUGCCACUGGUCGCUACGCGCUCACCAAACAGCUCAACUUAAAAGCCGCUGGUAUCACGACGUUAUCACCGAACGGCAAGAUCAUCGCCGACCACGAACAGACCAACGUCCCGCACAUCUACGCGGUGGGCGACGUACUGGAAGGCCGUCCUGAACUCACGCCCGUCGCCAUACACGCCGGUCGGCUGCUGGCUAGGAGGGUGUUCGCUAACGGCACGCAACAUAUGGACUACGAGAAUGUUGCUACUACGGUGUUCACGCCUUUGGAGUAUGGAUGCGUUGGGCUCAGUGAGGAGGCAGCCCUACAGAGACACGGCGCGGACAACAUCGAAGUGUACCACGCGUUCUACAAGCCCACGGAGUUCUUCAUCCCGCAGCGCAACAUCCGCAACUGCUACCUCAAGGCCGUCGCCCUCCGCGAGGCGCCGCAGCGGAUCCUGGGACUGCACUUCGUGGGACCCGUCGCUGGGGAGGUUAUUCAGGGCUUCGCGGCCGCCAUUAAAUGCGGCAUCACAAUGGAGCAGCUGAUGAACACGGUGGGCAUCCACCCCACCGUGGCCGAGGAGUUCACCCGCCUCAACAUCACCAAGCGCUCCGGCAAGGACCCCAACCCCGCCUCCUGCUGCAGCUAGAGCGGGACCACAACGUUGCAGACAGGGACGGACGACAUACACACACACACACACACACACGAGCGAUAUCGAUAUACAUCACACUCACUUCGACGGCAAACCGUGUCGCAAAUGGGGGUGACCUAUUAAAACCUCGUAAUAUUUUUCGUCUGAUGUUUCGUUAGACCGAACACGUUUUGUCUAAAAUCGCCGGUAUCAGAAGGGUCACUAUCUAACCUAAUUGCUUCUAAAAAAAUUGGAUUUUGAAUAAAACGCGUUCGGUCAAAUGAAACACGCACACGAUCGAUAAGAAACAAAAUAUGUCUUUUCUGUUCCCGAAAAUUAUGGAUUCUGGAACUUGGUUCCCGGCUGUGACUUAUAUUGUUUGCGAUUCGAAAUUCGAAAAUUAUAAUACUUGUUUUACCAAUAUUUUCGGGAAUAUAAAAGGCAAAUUUCAUACUAUCUAAUUUGAAUCUGUGUAUAAUAUCCGGUUUUAUUUAGUCCGAUUUUAAUCAAAUUGGAGACAAGCGAUAGCGGUUAUACCAUUCAGUUUUAAAUUUGAAAUUCAAAACAGAAUUUCAACAGGAUUAGAUCACAUCCGUUAAUCUACGUUCAAAUAUAAAUCAUGAUUUGUUAGCUCAGAAAUUUGGCGCAAUGUAUGUUGUAUUUGAUAGGCUUACGCUGGAUUCAAACAUUAAAUGUUAGAUCAUUGUUGUAACAUAGGUAUUGUGAUGGAAUUGUUUUGUAUUUGAAUCUGUUUAGCACUUUCACAGUUUUAUGUAAAAUCUUAUCUAUAAUCUAUGUCUCACUUGAGACCCAUAUUUAUUUAUGAACUCCAGACUGUGAAAGUGUUAGAAUUGUUAUUUGUUGAACAGGGAUUUCGGUUUGGGCUGCGCUACUUACACACAUACUUAUAAAAUACCUGUCAUGAAUAAGGAAUUUAAUAUCCAAAAUUUCAAAACAUGGGAAUCUUCCCCAAUGAUAUUAUUAAUUUAAUCGAUGCUCGAAUGAAUACCAUUGCACAUAAAGUCUUGCCUUGUAUAAAGACGAUUUAGGGUGAAUUUUUAAACUUUGAGCGGUCAAAAAUCUUAGAAUACACCCUGUAGCAAAAUUCAAUUGUAAAAUAUAUUGUAGUUAGAAAACUUGCACAAUUAUUUAUUAUGAAAUGAAUUUAUCCAUUUGUCUGGUGCGAUAUAGCGUAACUAAGAAGAUUCUACCUUGAAAAACUAGACGGCAUGGAUCUUUCUUUUCUUAUGCGGUGACUAUAGCACUCUUCAAAACCUGAGAUGUUUCGACAAUAGUUUUGGCUUUAUGAAAUAUUCCACUAGUGAGAACAAAUUUUACUAAUAAGUAAUAAUAUUAUCGCUGCCGCAAACUUUAUGUAUCAUUUCAUUUAAUGUCGAGCCUCACCACUCUUACUAUUGUGAUACUGUUAACUGUCUGCAUCAAAUAUGUUGAUACAACAUCAUAUCUAGGUAGUCAUCAUAUUAGGUGAAAUUUGACCAAGUAUAAUAAACUAAUAGUUAAGCUCUGGUUUCCUAAGAUAACGGUGCGGUCAUAUAGCGGCCGUCUCCGUACAAAAUACUACACCAUCCAUAUUUAGCCAUAUAAUUUUGUAUGGAGACGGCCGCUAUAUGACGGCACCGCUAUCCUAGGAAAACAGAGCUUUAAAGGGUUUUUUUUUGUAAAUUGAUGUAUUUGAUGACGACACUAACAUGUAUAUCCUAAGCUUUUCUUAUCUAUGGUAAUAGAAAUAAAACUAGUUGAUUACAGCCAUUUUAUUGAUAUUACUUAAACAGUAUUAUACUUUAAUACAAUAUCACUAAUUGUUUACCACGAUGCGAGGCUGCACAUUCCGCAUAAGACGUAUUAAAUCAGUUGAUGUUAUUUUACAUUUGUAUAUGAUUGUACUCUUUUAAUAAAGUGAUAUAUUUUUAUUGAA